GUGGCCUUCUGCUCUUGUAGACCCCGUGUUCCCCUCUUCUCAAUUUCCACCCAUUCUCUCCUUUUCUUCCUCUGUCCAUCUCUCCAUCUCUCCAUCCCCAUCUAUUCCUCUUACUAUUGGCCUCUAUCACCUCUCUAAGUAACACUCAGCACGUAAAGCAUAUCCUCUAGCAUCUGAUAAUCUCAUCAUGGCACACAACAGACCCAGCCCUCCCAACUCGAGUGAUUCGGAUGACAACAUUGGAGAUCCUUUCGCCUUGUCAAGCCCUUCUUCCAGAUGGAUGGACCAUGACUUGCAAGCCACAGUCGAAACUGCUUCAGAUGACUCAUCUCCAUCAGCUGGGCCUAGUUCACGCCGACCCAUGGAACCUAGCGAAGAGCGACAAGGUACCCAACCCAUUCCAACUCCCCAGGGGGGACGUCGAUCUCGAAUCCCGCACUUAGAGGAACCUGAUGACACGUUCCUGUUUGAUGCGAUUGAACAGAGACGCCACCAAGAGCAAAGGGAAAUAGCCGAAGCAGAAAGACUUCGUCGUGCGAGACAAGAGACUCAUAGAUGGCAAGAUGAACAAAUCUACAGCCAGGAACAGGCUCGUAGAAACGGAACUGGCGGCGGCAGAAACGUCAUGAAUCAUUCUACUCGCAAUGAUGAGAAUCUCCCGCCCCGAUUCGGUGUGCUUGGUGAGCAACAAGACCUAGUCCCAAACUACCACAAAGUUGUAAUGCAGCCUUACGCACACCAAUAUCCUCAUACCAAUGUACAAAUUGGUUAUGACGCGGGAUUUGAGAAAGGAAUCGUGGAGGGACGUGAGACGGGAUUCACAAAUGGGUACGGUAGAGGAUAUGAUCAUGGAUUCAUGGCUGGAUUGGCGAAGGGACGUCAAGAAGCACCUGAGACAGCUCAAAUUGAGGCCUUCAUCACUGCCUACCAGAAGGGUUUUGGAGAUGGUUUCGAAAAGGGGCAUCAAGAGCCGGAAUCCAGAAGACGAGGUAAGCAUAUGAGUUUCGCGAGCUUCUACUCAGAAUGUCUAACUUGUAUCUAAAGCAUCUUUCAGCGGCACUAGCCGCCGUCCAGACCAGGGACAACCAAGCUGAACCACGGCCAUCGGAUUUUGUCGCCGCCAUGUCCCUCAAUCAGCAACAUGUCCACAUACUUCCCCGCCCUGAUCGCUAGUGUCCUCGAGGCCAUCCUACCCUCCCUAUGUCUGCGCCUUACCCCUAUUUGCC